AUGUAUUUCGACACUCACAAGCUUUUCCAUCAUGAUGCUCCCAAAGACAAUCAUCAUGUCUUUCCUUACCAGCAUUUGGUAGUAGAUGAAGGUGCCAAGAAACAUACACAAGAUCCAAUUGUUACAGGAACAUCCAUCUUGGGAAUUCGAUACAAUGGAGGAGUCAUGUUGUGUUCUGAUACAUUGGGUUCUUAUGGUUCGCUUGCAAGAUUCCGUUCCGUAGAAAGAGUUAAAAAGAUUGGUAAUAAUACCAUUGUUGGAGCAUCAGGAGAAUACUCUGAUUUCCAAUAUAUUUGUGAUUUGUUAGAACAAUUAGUGGAUCGAGAUUAUUGUGCUGACGAUAAGAUUGAAACUUCACCAAGAGCAAUUUAUCAAUAUCUUGUUCGUAUAAUGUAUAACAGAAGAAAUAGAUUCAAUCCAUUGUGGAAUACUUUGAUUGUUGCCGGAUUUAAGGAUGGAAAGUCAUUCUUGGGAUAUACCGAUUUAUUGGGAUCAAACUUUGAGGACGACACUAUGGCUUCCGGUUAUGGAGCUUACUUGGCUAAGCCAAUUCUUAGAAAUUUCCUCGAUUCUAAGAAUGGUGAUGUAAAUAAUAUUUCUGAGCAAGAAGCAAGAGAAGUUUUGGAAAAGUGUAUGAAAGUUCUCUACUACAGAGACGCAAGAAGUCUUAACAAGAUUCAAAUUGCUACAGCCACUGCAACUGGUCUCACUGUUUCUGAGCCUUAUUCUUUACAAACUGAAUGGGCAUUCAAAGGUUUUUAA